AUACAAGUUUUGCUUUUACAGGAACCUGCAAACUAUGAAUUCUCUUACGAUGUGAAUGCACCCGAAUAUGGUGUUGAGUUUGGUCAUCAGGAGAGCCGUCAAGAUGAUUUUGCCAAAGGAUCCUACUACGUCCUGCUGCCUGAUGGCAGGAAACAACUGGUUGAGUACACAGCUGACCAGGAAGGAUACAAACCAACAGUCACCUAUCAAGAAGCAAGUGGCAACGGCAAUGGCUAUUCUAAUGGAAAUGGAAAUGGUUACUCCAAUGUAAAUGGCAAUGGUUACUCCAAUGGAAAUGGCAAUGGUUACUCCAAUGGAAACGGCAAUGGUUACUCCAAUGGAAAUGGCAAUGGUUACUCCAAUGGAAAUGGCAAUGGUUACUCCAAUGGAAACGGCAAUGGUUACUCCAAUGGAAACGGUAAUGGCUACUCCAAUGGAAACGGUAAUGGUAAUGGAAAUGGCAAUGGAUAUUCAAAUGGAAAUGGCAACGGUUACUCCAAUGGGAACAGUAAUGGUGGAUACCAAUACAAGAGAUAACUAUUCAAUCAACUAUAGAAAUCAACUCAAUAUUAUAAUGGAUCUCUGAAGAAUGAUAUACUGAUGACUACUUCUAAGAUGUCAUGUUAUGUAUAUAGCUAUGGUUUUUUAUUUAUUUAAGAAAUUUAUGCAUUUUUGUAAAAUGUGAACAUGUAAAUAAGCUUUUAUAAGAGAAUAUUUUUGUAUUUGUGAAUAAAACUUUGCUCAGUCAUUAAAAA